UUAUUUUGUUAUUAGACGUUGUUGGAGCGUUGACGCUGGAAACUGAUUUAAAUCGGCUAAUAAUAUUAAGUGAACUUGAAAAAGCGCGUCGUCUGGUUGCAUUGGAUAUCGACUGAACGGAAAAUCGUUUGCAUUUAACUCACCCACCAAAAAAAUAAAUUAUAAAGGAAGCUGCAAAUCUUUGGAUCCUAAAAAUGUGCGACGAAGCCGCCGAAAAUGUGGAGCAUCAAGACCAUCAUGUGCAUUUCGACACGAACACGGUGAAGGAUGACUUCGAGUCGGACAGUUGUGUGACAUAUCAGAGGUCGGGCGACACGAUUGUGGUUAGUCUGGGAUUUCUGCAGAUCAAUCACCGCUACCUAAUCGACCUGAAGCUCCCUGCGUCCCUUUUUGGCGAUGCGGGGACGCUGGGCAGCAAGUUUGAGCCGGUGAUCAGCGCCACUCCGAGUCUGCAUUGCAGGAUUACGGAGUUUGCGGGCACCAAACAUGACGAACAUGACUUUUUCGAGAUGAAAAUCGAGUUCUUUGCCUACAAGGAGAAGCUGCUACGCGAAGUCCUUCACAUCGUCAGCUCAUCCAAUGCCAAGGAGCUGCUGCAACUGGUGAUCGCCGCCCGGGUUUUGGGAAAAGGCAAAGGCACUCCCAUGCUGCGCACCGGAAUCCACUGCAUCGGAGUCGAAAGGGAUGAGGAUGAGUCCGAGGCCUCUGAUUUCGCCGGUUUCGACAGCAGACCCUAAACUGGAACCCCUUUCUCGCCUUGCCGCAACUUGUUUUCGUAGUUAAUUGCAGAUAUUUACAUAGUUCUUAAGUAAAAGGGAAAUUAAUAAUAUGUAACGUUAGUUAAUACCUACAUAGCAACCAAUUGUGUAUGUUAAACUCAUUGAGCAUUUACAUUUAAGUUUCGGUUUCAGUUUUGCGUGUUGUACUUAACAUUUGUAAAUUACCCAAGUCCGCAAUUGUCAAGUUUGUAUUGCACGUGAGUGGGCAAACUGCCAGUAAUUCUUUAUUUUUUUAAAACGAUUUUAAUGACCCUGUUAUGUCUACAAUUUUCCAGCAAGAUUAAAAUGGAUUUGCUGUCUGUCCUUAAGUGCAUUUUAAAAGCUAGAUUCAUGACCAUUGCCUCAUUUUCACUCUCCAUAAAUAUAUUAUGUUUAUUAAAUGAGUUGUCUGAUCAAUUUUAUGACGUGUUCUGCGAUAACAGAGUCAAUUCAAUGACAUUUUAAAUAAUGUAUCACUUUUAAAUCAUUAUACCAAUGACUAUUUCUAUGGUAAUCACUAUAGUGUCAAAUUUAAAUGUUAUUUUUUAAUUUCAAUGCACUGUACAUACAUAAAGUUAAAUUUAUUUCCUUUAAACGGCACCAAAAGCAAAAUAUUUUCAAAAAAACAACUAAAGUAAGUAAAGCCUCGAAAAUACACAGAGACCAAACUUCAGACCUUUUUCUAAAUAUAUAUAGAGAUAUAAUACAAUCCAGGCAAUUCAUUAUCCCAAGAGUAUGAAAAACCAGAUGCAAUUUAUUGUGCGACCAAAUCAAGGUGCUCGUAGCCUAAACAUUUAUGCAUUAACAUUAACCGAAACACUUUAUUAAACCUUUUUUAAUAAAACUAGCCCAGAGACAUAUUAGCAAGGGUAUUUUGAUAAUAUAUUCAAGUUGAUAACAUUUUGCACUGUCGAAUGUAUAAAAAGGCACCGUAACCAAUUAACUAGAUUUUGUAAACUUAAAUCUAUAAAAAACUGAUCAUAGAUAACAAUAAACAAAAUAUUGAGCCCAUUAUAACAUAAUACUGAAUACCAUCUAAGUUAAUUAUCGAGAGGCCCCUAGCGAAAUGCUUGGCAGGCCGUUAAUAAAAAUUCGUUAAAAGCCCCAAAAGACUAAAAA